GAAAUGACAAUUGUGCGUUGCGCAAGUGCCUCCACUCGUGUGUGACAAAUCCAUCGGGUGUAAUCGGUAGAUUCCCUGGAAGAGGUAUCCAUCAGCCAGCUGCCCAUUUAUCUUAAAAAUAAAUUCGAUAAUAUAUUCUUUCCGGAAUUGAUGAAGUGAACAAUUUAAAAAAUGGCAGACAACGAGCAGAAAGCGGUGCAGUUGAUGGCCGAGGCUGAGAAAAAGCUCGGGUCGUCCAAAGGAUUCUUCAGCUCCCUGUUCGGGAGUUCCUCGAAGGUGGAGGAAGCUGUCGAAUGCUACCAACGAGCUGCCAAUCUCUUCAAGAUGGCUAAGAAGUGGGGAAGUGCUGGCAACGCCUUCUGCGAGGCAGCAUCCCUCCACGCAAAAGCUGGUAGCAAGCACGAUGCUGCCACCAACUUCGUAGAUGCUGCCAAUUGCUACAAGAAGACUGAUGCCAAUGAGGCGGCCAAUUGCCUCCAGAAGGCCAUCGAGAUUUACACGGACAUGGGUAGAUUCACCCUGGCAGCUAAACAUCACCAGAGUAUAGCGGAGAUGUACGAGAGCGAGGCUGUCGAUUUAGAACGAGCUGUUCAUCAUUACGAACAGGCUGCUGAUUAUUUUCGAGGAGAAGAGAGUAUCUCAUCAGCAAAUAAAUGCCUUCUAAAAGUCGCUCAAUACGCAGCACAACUCGAGAACUACGAAAAAGCCAUUCGAAUUUACGAACAAGUUGCUGGAGCAUCUCUGGACAGUCCUCUCCUGAAAUACAGUGCAAAGGAGUAUUUUUUCAGAGCAGCCCUCUGCAAUCUCUGCGUAGACGCCCUGAACGCACAACACGCCAUCGAGAGAUACGAGGAGCAGUAUCCAGCAUUCCAAGACUUCAGAGAGUGCAAACUCAUCAAGAGUCUCAUCGAUCAUCUGGAGGAGCAGAACGUCGAGGGCUUCACCGACACUGUCAAAGAGUAUGACUCAAUUUCCCGACUAGACCAGUGGUACACAACGUUACUUCUUCGCAUAAAAAAGCAAAUUAAUGACAACCCAGACCUCCGCUGAUCACCCAACACCCCAAUUACUCACAAUUUGCUCUUAUCAUCGGCAUUCUCCCUCUUUAGUUCAUCCCCUGUACCCCCUCACCCAGGAAUAAUGAUUUAUAAUUCGUUAAUUGAUUGAUUGAUCGAUUAAAGUAGUUGAAACUCAAUUUAUUUGAAUUAUUAUGUCUCAUCUUCCAGGAAUUAGAUAAUCAGUGAUACCUAAUGUUAUCAGUCCCUUUCCCUCUCGAUUAUCGGGGAGAACUCUGGGAAAAAGAGAAAGUGUCAAACUCAUUUAUCAAUCGAUGAGUUAAAAUCUCUCGUUAAUUUAUUGUAUAGCAUUUCUGUAAUUAAUUGUUGUAUUAUUUAGCGUUAAUUAUCUGUUGAAUCGAGUGGAUCAAUUAGUGAGUGGAGUAUUUUUCUCGUUGAUUAAGGGAGACAUUAGGGAUGAAGUGGAUAAAUUCAGGUUUUUUUUGUAAUAGAGAGUCGGGGAAUUUAUCCAUUCACUCCAGUGAUAUUUCAUUAUGUUUUAAAUAAUUAUUGAACUUGAGAAAAUUGUGGUUCAUCGAUUAGACACUGGGGAAUCCCAUCGUACACCAUUUAUCAAGUGUUAUAAUGCCAGUGCAUACAUUAUAAAAAAAUGGAAAAGUGAAAAAAAAAUAUUAGGCAAGUGUUAUUUCAAUGAAUAAUUUUGGUAGUGGCCACGUAGGCGUAUAAAUAUUGCAAAUGGUGUCACUAAUCACGCUAAUCACGGUAUUAACUUCAUACAAUGGGGUAACGA